AUGGAUUUCACUAUUCCAAGUACUGUUAUAUCAACAUUUCUUUUUUCAACAACGAAAUCAAAUUAUAUUGUUCGAUCACUCAAUUCAUUUUCUUUAAAUGAAAGUCUUUCGUCAUCAUGCAAUGGUUUUCUUCAAUUUUAUUCCGAAUCCUUACUUGUUAAUCUUCCAAUACCUGAUUUUAGUAUGCCAUUCAAUGUAAUUUGUUCGGGUUGUACGGCUGUUGCUUGUGCCUUUGGUGGUUUACACAAUUUGGCAGCAAAAAAAAUUGGAUUUGGUACAAAACGUUCUAAGAUUUCAUUUCGAUAA